UUGUAUAAGUUUCAUAAAAAACAGACCAGCGGAAACGAGUUUUAAGCUCCCAAAGCUGUUGUUUUAUCCUCUCAGAGAGAUUUCUUUAGAGAUGGCGGCGCUUAUCCGGUGUUGCUCCUCCUUCUCUCAUACUUCCGGUGGCCAACCACCGCCGAGAGACAUGUCUCGAGGUCAAGAGAUUGGAAAAUUUGCUACUUCUAUUGGCAACUCAGUAGUCAGAAAACCUGGGGAUCAUCAUCAUUUCUCCAAAAUUAUACAUUCGUCUUCCAAGCUUAAGGAGCGCCAAGGCAGGGCAAUCUUACAAAUGCCAUUUCCCAGCGAGGAAACUCUUGACAAGUUUUCAGCUUUGGAGGGAAUUGGGAGGCUCAAAUUACCGGUGAUGGCAGUGUUGUUGACAAACUCUCUACAGAUGGCUACACCAUUUGAAGCUUUGGCUGCUGAGAUAUGUGAGCCAGAGAGCUCCAUGUUCAGCAUGCCAAUUUUGUUGCUUGUAGCUCUUAUUGGAGCCACCGUUGGAGGGUUGCUUGCUCGGCAGAGGAAAGGGGAGUUACAGAGGUUGAAUGAACAACUACGACAGAUUAACGCAGCUCUUAGGAGACAAGCCAAAAUCGAGUCUUAUGCACCGAGCUUGAGUUAUGCCCCAGUGGGAGCAAGAAUCCCUGAGAGUGAAAUCAUUGUGGAACCAAAGAAACAAGAGUUGAUUUCCAAGUUGAAAACAGGUAAAACCUUUCUGAGGAACCAGGAACCAGAGAAGGCUUAUGCAGAGUUCAAGGUAGCUUUGGAACUUGCCCAGAGUCUCAAAGACCCCAUCGAAGAAAAGAAGGCUGCAAGAGGCUUAGGCGCCUCACUGCAACGUCAAGGGAAGUAUAGGGAAGCUAUACAGUAUCACUCCAUGGUUCUAGCCAUCUCAAAGAGGGAAAGUGAAGAUUCUGGAAUCACUGAAGCAUAUGGAGCUAUUGCAGACUGUUAUACCGAGCUGGGAGAUCUCGAGAAAGCUGGAAAAUUCUAUGAUACAUACAUUUCUCGGUUAGAGACAGACUGAUUCUUCCUCAAGGUCUUUUGUCUGUCGUCUGUUUGUGUUCAUGUAAAAUCACAUUAAAAUGGAUAAUCAAAUCCCUUUUAUUGA